AUGGCAGAAACCGACUUCUCUCAGUCCUGUCCUCGGCAACAAGAGAGUCAAAAGGGUUCAAUUCCGUUUGUUUGGGAAGAAAAGCCUGGGACACCCAAGAAAGAGUGGAAAUGGAAGCCUGAGCCUGAGGCUGUUCCAGUUCCGGUUAGCACGGUUCCAUCUCCGGUGAAGCUUAUUGUUUCUGUUCCCUUCAAAUGGGAGGAACAGCCUGGAAAACCACUCCCUUGUUUCUCCCAGCGGCAGGUGGAGGUGAAUGUGGUAGAUUCACGAAUUCUUCCUCUUCCUCCAGCAAGAUUCCUAUGUUUUCCAUCCCCUUCCUUACUCCCUUCUAGCUCAUCUCCAAACAAAUCGGUUACCAUGUUCUCAGGGAGAAGGAACGAUGAUCAUGAUGAAUGGAAGGGAGAUAAAAGACAUGGAGCAUUUGAAUUAGACCUUGCAGAGUUUGGAAUUGGCACGGAUGACUCGUUCAACAAAGCUCCUUCCUUACUAGAUAGUCGUAUUACACAAAUGGCGGCGAUAUCUAGCACAGUUCCGGUGGUGCAUCAUUGGACUUUAGACAAGGAAACAACUGGACACGAAACCCCUACCACACCAGCUUCUGAAGCAGAUGAUGAUUCAAGUAGCUAUGCCAGUGGAAGCUCCAGCCUUGUGGGAUCUCCUUUCCUAGAGCGUCUAUUCCCAUCCAUUUCAUCAGAUCCUGGUUUUCUUGACAAGGUUGGCUAUCACGAGAAGAGUUCCCCUGUCAUCACUCUGGAACAACAGGCCGAAGAACUGACCGAAAAUAAUUUCAGCCAUAUUGUUGAAAGACCACCCACACUGGGAGAACUGAUGUUAAUGAGCCGUAGAAGUAAUGGGAGGUCUGUUGACACAAGGAGGCGGAGUCCUACCAUGGGCGGAAAGGACUCUAAGUGCCUGCUAUUUUGCCCCAAAAUGCUUGAUGUAAUUUCCAUGAAUGAUCAUCAUUUCCAUAGUUCUAACUCUUUGAUCGGUGCGACACUGGUAGGAAUUCAUAAAGAAGAGAGCAUUUGGGUGCUGCAUGUUUGCAACUGGUGGCAACAAUAUGAAUGGAUUGCAGAUGAGGCAACAAAGGCACAACAUGCUGCAGCUGGUAUAGCAUAG